AUGGCGUGGCCACUUCCCCUAGAGAUAACUGGCCGUAUUGUGUCACUCCUCGAAAACCCUUUGACUCAUAUAGACACCAAGCUCGGAUUGGCUCAAUACGCUUCAGUGAAUCGCGACUGGCAGCCCAUUGUCGAGGAGCGAAGCUGGGCGAAACUCCGCGUCAAGACAGGAACUCCAUUGAAUCUAGACCAAUUCGAAAGAUUGACAAAGGAUUCACGACGCCAAUCAUAUAUUCGGGAUAUCGAAUUGAUCGUGGAGCUUGAGCCUUACGAUGAAGCUGCCAGAGCUCAUUUCGAGACAGAAUCUGAGAAUGAGCGCAAUAAUCAGAUCUUCUCCGAUGCAAUCCGCUCAAUCCUUCAAAUCGUCGCGAAAUGGAGAUCAUCGCAAGGUAUCUCGCUCUCCGUCAAAGCUCAGUCCCCUAGUGAUCUGGUUGCUAGUCCAUAUAGACUUAGGCGAAUAAAGGCCGCCCGUGCCGAGCGGACUGCAGAUAUUUUGAACCGCAGAUUUGAGAGAAACUACCUUCGACUUGAUGCAUUUGAGAGCCAGGUAGCACCAGUCAACAUUGUGCAUACUCUCAAAAUAGAGGCGUUAGCUGACAGACGACAAAUCGAGGCGACUUCGUGCGCUCGUCUUGCCUCGAAAUUCCCUAACCUCCAUACGCUCAAGUUGCUGUUGAAUGACACCUGCAAACGCGAUAAAGAUCUAAGAAAACGCAACCGCGACGGAUUCGCUGCUCAUAUUCACCUUUUACCGCCCAGCAUAAAAUCCUUCAACUUUCAUUUUAAUCAUGAACCACCUAGGAAUCACAACUUCUCCCCAGAUGAUAUCACAGACCAAGGGGUGGAUGCUCUCAGCUCGCAACUACAUAAGUUCUCUCAACAAUUAGAGACACUCAGUAUCUACGGAAUGACAUUUGGAAAUGAACUUUUCUGGCCACUGGAAUCAAAUGAUAAAUAUCCAUCAUGGCCUGAUCUGAAAAGCAUCGACAUUGAAUACAUUUCCUCAACACCAUCCGGGAAAUGGCUCUUUGUUGACCGUUCUGAUCGCGAUGAGGACGAUCAAUAUGAGUCCACGGAUUCAGAUCCACAUGAUGAAUUUCCGGAAUACGUGAGAACAGUACUCGAAGAUCGUAGCGGCAAGCCCUUCCGAGAAGUCAGUGUGCCGGGUCUCUUCAAUGAGCUAUAUAUGGCUGUGGGUCAGGCAGCAUUGUAUAUGCCUAAAUUAGUGGACCUGCGUAUGGAAACAGAGUCGGGAAGAGUCUAUCAUCGGUUCAAAUAUUCUACGGAAGGCGAUAUAUGCGCAACAUAG